UAAUGAGAGCUAAUUACUAUUUCGGACGACUCAUUUCCAGUGAAGAUUGACUUUCUUUGAUCAUUUAAAUAAUCACCAAUCGAUUUUUAAAAUAUUCCCAACAGCAAAAUUUGUUCGGUUGUUUGUUUUGUUUUUUAUAUUUUCUUCGUUGUUCCUAUUUUUUCGUAAUACGAACGAAAAAAAUUCGGAAAAAGAAGAAGCCGCUAAUAGUUUGCCGGUGCUAUCAAACUCUCUUCGCAAAAGGUCAUUUGCUAUCGAUUUUCUUACAAGAAAAUAGAACUCAAGCAUGCAUACGUGUUGAUUAAAAAUUAGCAUCGGAACAAUAUUUGUACGUUGGAUAAGGUGACCUUGAAAUCAGUGCAUACAGUGUUCAUGCUCGCUGGAAAUCGCUGGCUUCGUUUGCAAGGAGGUGACGGUUUUAAAUGGUCAACACAAACACAAAACACUAGACGAAAACUAUUCGCAGCGUCUUGUGAAUGUGAUAACUGAGUAAACCGUUUGGAGAUCGGUUGAAACAGCAUUUGUUUGAAGAAGAGAGCAGAAGAGAGCAGAAGAGAGCAAUCAAGCUUCGAGGAACGACAGACUUGUUGGUAUCUGGAUUCUUUUGCAACCACUGUGUGAACUGUGUGCCUGGUGAUCAUCGUGAUAGCUCAUUUGUGUACAUCCAAAACGGCUUGCAACUAUUACCGAAAGACACGAUCGACUAAAGAGAGUGGAAGACAAACGACUGUUUGCACUGGUUCUUUUUGCAAUUGUUUUGCUGUGGAAAUUGGAUAGCUAUCUUUGAAUUCGUUUUCCAGCGGUUUAUGAAUCGACAAAAUGGUAUCAAAUGUUCGAGAACGCGCAAAGGAGCGCAUGAAGAUUUCGCGAAGAAUUAAUUCAAUGAUGAAAAGAGAUUCACAAUCGAAUUUAAUGACUAAAAAGCUAAGCAAAAAGCUAUUCGCAGCAAAUAUAGAAAAACAACAAUUACAUAAAAAUAAUAUAAGAUCAUGGGCGAUUGAAUACAAUAUUCAAAACAGGGCAUUAUCGGCACUUCUGAAAAUUUUGAUUACAUUCGGUUCAAGAAACCUGCCAAGUGACAGCAGGUCUCUCCUUAGAACUCCACGCUCUAUUCAAAUUGAAAAUACAGCUGGCGGACAAUACUGGUACAACGGAAUCGGAAAUUGUUUGAGAAACGUUUUUGGAAAAUUGAAUUCGAAUAUAACUUUAGAAUUGAAUUUCAACGUCGAUGGCCUACCGUUGUUUAAAAGUUCUCCAGUUACAUUCUGGCCGAUUUUGGCAAAUAUACAUGGAAUGUCCGAUGUCAAGCCUAUGGUAAUAGGUAUCUGGAGUGGAAUUGGGAAACCAAAGGAUUUAACAGAUUUCCUACAGCCUCUUGUGAGCGACAUCGACACUGUAAUUAGAAAUGGUGUUAUGAUCAAUGAGUAUAGAAUUGAUAUAGUCAUUAGAUGCUUCCUGUGCGACUCGCCAGCACGAUCAUUUAUAAAAGGUAUAGCAUAUUUCAACAGCAAAUACGGAUGUCAAAAAUGUUAUUGCAUUGGCGUGUUUGAUAAGAAUGCACGGCGUAUGCAUUUUGCGGAAUUCAACAAACCGAAACGCACGAAUAAUCAGUUCCUCAACAGAUUCCAAAAAGAACACCACCGAGAAGAAUCAAUUCUCCAAGAUUUGAAGAAUCUGAAUGGAGAACCACUGAUUGAUAUGAUCAAACAAUUCCCGACGUCGGAUCCACUUCAUUUAUUAGAAGAAGGCGUAAUGAAAAAAGUGUUGAAUAUUUGGAUGCAUGGGAAAGAUUCAUAUAAGAAGAAGUGGUCAAAAGAGAUACAAGAAAUCCUAAGUGCGCAGAUUUCAAUUUAUAAUAAAGAGCUUCCAAGUGAUAUAAACCGCAAUGUUCGAACUUUGCAGUUCAUAAAAUACUGGAAGGCUACAGAAUUUCGUACUGUGCUAUUAUAUUAUGGAAUGGUCGCCUUUAAAGAUUACUUAGGGGAGCAGGAAUAUAUUCAUUUUUUGAACUUGUGUCUCGCUGUCAGAAUAUAUUCUUGUCGCAGUUAUGUAAACAAAUAUAAAACAAUUGCUCGUAAACUCUGUUUGGUAUAUUGUGAAAAAUUUGGACAAAUUUAUGGAAUCAAUAAUAUUGUAAGCAAUAUCCAUAAUGUUAUUCACAUAUGUGAUGAUGUAGACCAAUUUGGUCCUUUAACAGAAAUAAGUACAUAUCCAUUUGAAAAUUUCUUACGAGAAAUUAAGAUGCGCGUAAAACCAUCAAAUACAAACAUUGAACAAAUCAGUAGAAGGCUUGUCGAAAUGUCUUUGGACAUAUCAGAAAAUAAGAAAAUCGAUAUGAAUGCGAGACAACGGGAAAAGAGUUCCUGGACUCCUGAAUUAAAAUAUCAAUUUAAUUCUUCAAAUCAAUCGACUUUCAAAUUUAUUAGAAUAACACCAAAUGUAUUUUUUUCUGUAAAGAAAAUAGGCGAUAGAUGGUUUUUGACCAAAAGUGGUGAUAUAGUAGAAAUGAAAUACGCAAUUAGAAGCAAAAAUUCAUAUUUUAUUAUAGGAGAACCAAUUAAACGCAAAUAUGAUUUUUUCAUGGAACCAUAUUCUUCACAUAAAACAGAUAUUUUUCUAUGUGAUACGGAAAAAAAUAACGAAAGAAUGUAUCACUAUGGUGAAAUCAAAUCCAAAUUAGUAUGUCUCACUUACAAGGAUCAAUUUGUUUUCAUCCCAUUGAUUCAUUCGAUAGAUGAAUGUUCAGAAUUUUUAUCAAAAUAGUAUUUAAUUAUUUAUUAAAAAAUUAUUGUUCUACCAACCGAGAAAUAUUUUUAGAGUAUUUUUUAUUCGGAUUAAUAUGUGAAAUUUACUAAUAAUCGUACUAUAUACUGUGCAUAAAUUUUGGUAAAA